AUGGUGCUGGCAGACGGGGAGAUGGGCUCAACGCAAGAAGAGCUGCAGGAUGGGCCGCUGUGGGAGGAGAUGAAGGAGGGUUUCCGCCUCUUCGGCCUCGACCCGGACACCCACGUCCAUGACUGGGUGGAGCUGGAGCCGGACCUUGGGCGACGGCCUAGGUACUUCGCGCAGCUGAAGUCCUUUCAGGCGCCCGAGGCGCAGCGUGUCUGCCUGCCCCACCCCUGGGCCUUUCUGGUGGGUGAGGCUGCGCAGCUGACGAACCCCUGGCCCGGGCGAGCGCUGAACGCGUGCGUGAAGAGCGCGCAGCUCUUGUCGCAGCACUUGAAGGCGGUAGCGCAGGCCAUCCGCGCGGGGUACCCCAUCGACGAGAGCUUUAGCCGCGACUACGGGGAAACGUUGACGAGGAUUCAGGGCCAGGAGGAGAGCGUGCAUCGCAGGCAGUGCCAGGCGGAGCAGAAGUCAGGAUGGAGCCUGAGCACGUGCUUGCAGAAUGCCAUGGACGCGAGCGAGCCCGGGGACAAGGCGGCCUUCCGCCGUGCUCUGAAGAAGAGUCACCAGCGCCUACGGGAGAGCGGACAUCCGGAGGUGGACCUGGCGCAGACCUGGAAGCGCCUGGAGGGCCAGCUGAGCGCCAGGACCUUGGCCCUCUUCCGGGCCUCCGGUAGCUGGCUCUUCGACCCGCCCCCGCGGGAAGAGCAGACAGAGACGGAGACGGCCAAAGAGGAGCCGGAGAUGGAUGAGGAGAAGUGGAAGGAGAUGCAGGCGGCGGCCCGCGGCGCCUACAACCGUGGGGUAAGGCACCUGAAGAGCAAAGACCCAAUCCCUGCGGCGCGGUCCUUCCGCAGCGCCGCGGAAAAGGGCCAUUCAAAGGCGGCCUACGCGCUGGGCGUGAUGUUGCUCAAUGGUCAGGGCGUCAAGAAAGACGAGCGUGCCGCAGCGCAGUUCAUGAACCAAGCGGCCCAGAGCGGACACGUGAAGGCCAUGUACAACCUAGGCUUGAUGCUGCAGCACGGCAUAGGCCUGGCGCGAGAUGUGGAGAAGGCCUCCCAGUGGACCCUGCGAGCGGCGGAGGGCGGCCACCGGAAGGCUCUCCGCAGCGGCAACGUGAAGAUCUUCGGCGCUGGGCCCUGGCUGGACUACGACCCCAAAGAAAUGGGCGUGGAGAGGAUCGUCAAGGAGGCCAGCCCGAGCUUCGGAUUCGUGUCUUCGCGAGUGAUUGCUGCAGGGCAUGGCUCGAGCCUCUUGCCUCAAAGAGCCAUGGCGCAGCUAAUUCCGGGCUACUGCUAUUGCCGCGGUGUUCACUACACCGUGGACGCGGCCGUGCGGCCGUUCAUUUCCUGCAUUUGCGAAUGCGACUCCUGCAAGCGCGCGCACGCAUCCCCGCUGUACUGGGCGAUAUACACUCAGGGCGCGGUAGAGGUGACAAAGGGCAAGGAGUUGGUGCAGAAGUAUUGCCAUGAAGGCGGCAACCUUGAGCGAUCCUUCUGCUCGCGCUGUGGCACCAAGCUGUGGAAUCGAAUUGUCGGCAGGGAGGAGAUGGGCUUAGGAACCUUUCAUCCCGAGUUCCAGGGCAAGGGUUUGCCGGAGACCUUUCGGCCCACCAUACACUUCCACUCGGAUGAGAGCAUGCUCGCGAGCGUCGGAGACCUGGACAAGCUCAAGAAGCGAAUGUUCAAGCUAGGUACCAUGCACUAUGAGGGUGACCACGUGGAGCUUGACAAGGCCAAGUCAGGGUACUGGUUCAUGCAGGCAGCCCAGUCUGGACUGCCGGAGGCGCAGUACCAAAUCUCCAGGAUGCUCUUCCAGGGUGAUGGUGUUGAGACGGACGAGAAGUACGCCUUCCGCUUUCUGAAGCUGGCAGCAGAGCAGGGCCACCCAGAGUCCAUGCACAACAUGGGCGCCAAGCUCUACUUUGGCGAGGGCGUGGAUAUUGAUAGGAGGGAAGCGGCGUCUUGGUUUCUGAAGGCUGCGCACAAGGAGCUGCCGCAGGCGCAGAACAACAUCGGUUGGAUGCUUUAUACAGGGGACGGCGUGCCCAUGAACAUGACGGAGGGCGUGAACUGGAUGGAGCAGGCGGCUGCAGCUGGAAACGAGGAGGCUCAGCAGCACCUGCUUUCGAUCCGGGGCACCAUGGUGUCAG